AUGACAUCAAUGCUGAAUCAUUAUAAACAAUGGUGGAUAGUUAACGAUAUCAAUGGAUCAUUGUCACAACUCAUACUACUUGACGAACAAGUUCGAGAAAUCGAACGAAUCAAUUCGGAUGGAUUGAAUGUUGCACUUGUUGAUCGAGACAAAAUUGCUUUUCUUAAUGAUUUAGUUCAUAUCUUUAUUGCAAUAACUCAUGCACAAAUAUUAUACCAAUGUAACUUUGACAAUAAUACAGUAACAACUUCAUGUCUUAAACCAGAAGGAUUGUUUGGAUUGCUUAUUGAUGAGAAAAUGGGAAAUGCAGAUAUACAAUCACCUACUGCACCUCUUUCUGAUGUCACAUCUAGUCUUAAACCAACAAGCAAUGAUGAAUCAUGCAAUCUACCUUAUAAAAUCAAUUCUUUCACCUGGGAUAUGUACUUUUGUAAUGAGGGUUAUUGUCAGACAUCAACAGAUUCAACUUCAAAAUGUUCUGCAGGCAAAUUUGGACACUUUGGUUUUACAGGAUUAAGAAAAGUUAGUUUCAGUCUGAAUACUGUCUCAGGUGGUACGGAUGGUGUCGAUGAACAAUGUCUGAUCUAUUAUUAUUAUUUACCUGACAUAACAGGAACAGCGCAAAGCAUUACAAUACGCAAACAAGAAGUAGGAGACAUUAGUGAAACAAUCGAUAGUGUAGCGAGUAGUUUAUACAAUGGAUGGAUAAAGCGUCAAGUAUCAUUUCAUACUUCAAAGAGUGGUUAUAAAAUCUACUUUGAUUUUGAGAAAAUAUCUGGAUCACCUAGUCUUACAACUGUAAUUGCUAUUGAUGAGAUAUCAGUACUUCAAGGCAAUUGUCUUGAUUCAUUCACUUCGCAAAGUUCAACAACAACCAAACCGAUAUCGACUACAACAACGUUUUCUAUGCCAGUAGUGACGCGUUCCACUUUUACUUCAAGUGCUAUAUCUACAAUAAUACCUUCAACUAAAUUUGAGACUACAGAUGUCACAUCAGCAUCAAGUUCACAAUUCAUCUCAGGUGCAACUCCAACUUCAACAACAUAUACAUCUAUGGAAACAUCAGUCGAAGUUGUGACAUACACUGAUGUCACUAAUCCUUCUAACACAACAGCAAUAUCGAGUACACAAACAACACCAUCUGUCAAAGUUUAUAUUAUAGUUUUAGCAACUGUCAUUCCUAUUGGUACAGUUGCAAUCGUCAUUCUAAUUCUAUGGCUUAAAAAGCCUAUGCCAUUUAAAAAAUCAAAAGUAAAUGUGCUUGAAAUGAAUCAAGUGACACCAGCACCCAUAUAA